AUGAAUGUCCUGGGUCCAAGCACCGUGGCGAAGAUAGUGUCCGACCUCUCAGGUGAUGGUGAGCCCAUUUAUUUUUCUAUAGCCAGCGACGCUUCUAACAAGGGCAACAGAAAAAUGUUCCCGGUGUGUGUCAGGUACUUUUCCCCGUCGGAUGGAGUCAUUUCCAAGCUGUUGGAUUUUUACGAAGACAGCGACGAAACUGCAACAGGCAUACAUAAGGCUCUUCUCGCCUGUCUUGAUACGUAUGGGCUCGAUGUUAAAAACAUUACCGCAUAUGCCGCUGACAACGCAAACGUCAACUUCGGAAAACACCAUUCUGUUUACAAGUUGCUCAGCGGCGCAAACGACGGCAUUCUUAAAGCUAACUGCCCGGCCCAUGUUGCACACAACGCGUGUAAGUACGCAAGCGACAAGCUUACUGUGGAUAUCGAGAGCAUAGUGUUGAAAAUUUACAACCAUUUCUCCGUGUCAGCAUCUCGGCGAGAGGAACUGAGGUCCUUCUUCGACUUCGUUGACAUUGAGUGGAGAGAAAUACUGCGUCAUGUUUGCACUAGAUGGCUGUCUCUACAUCCAGCUGUGACACGUCUCCUGGAAACUUGGCCUGCGUUAACAUCGUACUUCAGGUCCUUAGGGGAACAGGGUCCGGUGGCGUUGAGGAAGAUUUUUGAAGACGAGGUAAAGACGGACACCACCGAGAUUUACUUGUGUUUUUUUCAUAAUGUCGGGGCCGUCUUUGACCAUCUUGUAAAGAAGCUUGAGGAAACCAACCUGUGCAUCACUGAUGUCUACGAGGAGCUGAGGAAGUUCAGACAAAAAAUGGUACAGAGGAAGGAAGACGGCUUCUUUGGCUUCCAGACAAAGCGACUGAUGGAGAAGGUACCAGGACAGAAGACCAAAAUCAAAGAUGACUUCUCAGCAUUCUAUGACUCCACUGUCCACUACAUCGACAAGUGGUUUGAUUUUUCAACUGAGAAUGUGAUGGUGCAACUGAGACCAAUAGGCCUGUAUGACGAACUCACUUUCAGAGAACUUCAGAAGAUGGUGCCGGCUCUGAAAUUGGAAGACAGCAUCAACAUGGAUGAUCUGUAUGAAGAGUUCUGCAUCAGCAAAGAAGAGAUAAACAAACAAUCAAAAGAUACAACAAAAUCCACUGGGGAGAAAUGGGUGGCAGUCUUUCAAAGUGUUGGGAAGGAAAAGAUGAAGAAUAUGUUCAAGAUUGUCUCCUUCAUCCUCAGUGUGCCAGGCUCUAAUGCCUUUGUGGAGAGAAUUUUUUCUCUAAUGAGUGGCAAAUGGUCCGAUGCCAGGAAUCGCUGUAGUACAGAACUGAUCAAGAAUGAACUGCUUGUCACGGUGAACUGUUCCUUGUCCUGCAAGGACUUCUACCAGGCAGUUCUGAAGGACAGGAAAAUGCUGGAGUCAGUCAGGAGCAGCAGGAAAUAUCCCUGGAAGAAAUAAGCCAUGAUGCAUAAAAGCUCGUCCAUGCCACUGUUCUGUUUGGCCUCUGAAGAAGGGCGAGAUGUUGGAAUCUGGAAAGAAUAAUUAACUGCAUAACAGCUCGUCCAUGCCACUGUUCUGUUUGGCCUCUGCAGGAUGAGAUGUUGGAAUUUAGAAUGCCAUUGAAGAAUUUACAGGAUGAGAGGAGCCCAUAUUGAAAAGAAGCAGCACCUCUACAUACCCUCUUAAGUUUUAG